AAAGAAGUCCAUCCACGAGGCGAAGCAACGCGAGAACGUAGCUACUGUGAAACACACACACACGGUGACUGUUUUGGCUGUGCUUUUUCCUCGUUCCGGAAAAGUUUGCUGUUUUUAUUCAGUUGUUUGAUUAUCGAAAAAGGACGGUCACCAAUAUGCGGUGUGGUACAAUGAUUGGGUUAAGUGUUGGUGAAGUGAGUAAAAGUGGCAAAUAAAUGGAAACUUUGGAAUAUUUCCAACAUGAAGGGGCUAUUUGGGCGGACCGUAUACAUGCUAUGUUUUUUUGGAAUUGUCAAAACCAAAGAGAUUUAUAAAGAUCUUCAGAAACAACUGAGUCCCUUAGAAUGGCAAACUCUUUUAGGAAAUUCGAAUACAGAUCACAAUUAUACAAUAACAUAUCCGAUUCAUAUCCCACCCGGAGAGGAAAGAGAAGAUUCCGGAGAGAUUUCGUCCAAUGAAGAAUUGGUGCAUCGAUUGCAUAUAAAAGCCCCUGAUCACAAUCAAAAUUUUAACCUUGAAUUAUUACCUAGUCCUAAUUUAUUAGCCAAUAAUUUUGAAUUUUUGGAAACGUUCAGUAACGGAUCGUUCCCGUUGUUCCUACAUGAGGAAGACAGCAAAUGCUACUUUAGGGGCGAACGAAGCGCUCUUAGUCUGUGUAACGGAGUUAGAGGAAUCGUCCACAUGGACAAUGAAGACUAUUAUAUUAUACAACCACUGCCUAGGAGGUUCCACAAUGAGAACUCCAAUCCACAUAUAUUAAUUAAAAGAAAGCACGAUAAAGCCUCAAUUGUCGAUCAUGAGUGUACGCAAAAUAAUGAAUUGAGGCUUGACGGUAAUGCCAAAGACUCAGCCAAAGACAAAUUAAGGAGGAGAAAACGUGAGGCUUUUCCACCUGGGGCACCUGUGUUCGUUGAAACUGCCGUAUUCGUAGAUAGAGAUUUGUUCGAACAUAUGAAAACUAAUUUUCCUAUCGACACAGAAAGAGAACUGAUUAGAUUUGUAUUAGCUAUGAUAAACGCUGUACAAUUACUCUAUCACGACCCAAGUUUGGGGAGACCUGUCAAUUUUGUGUUAAAAAGGUUGGAUAUAUUGAAAGAGGAAGCUGCUGGUUUGAUCCGACCUCCGGAUAUCGACAGAUUUUUGUCCAAUUUCUGUAACUGGCAAAGAACUAAAAAUCCUAUUGGCGAUAGAGAACCCUCCCAUUGGGAUCAUGCGUUAAUUUUAACAGGUUUGGAUCUGUACGUUAGGGGAAAGCAUGGUAAAAUUUCCAGCCAAGUAGUAGGUCUGGCCCCAGUGGCAGGAAUGUGUACAGCAACAAGUAGUUGUACUGUUAAUGAAGGUCGACAUUUUGAGAGUGUUUAUGUGGUUGCACACGAAAUUGGACACAAUUUGGGUAUGAGGCACGAUGGUCCAUUAGCUGAUAAUGACUGUGAUCCCAGUAGUUACAUUAUGUCUCCUACAUUAGGGAGUGGGAAGAUCACUUGGUCCGCUUGUAGUAGAAGAUACCUUCAAAAGUUUUUAGACACAACCCAAUCUAGAUGUUUACUUGAUCACGGCAGUUCUUCCGGUCAAUUAGAUCAUAGCGCUGAAGGAGCAUUACCUGGGGAAAGAUUUGACGCCAAUCAACAAUGCAUGCUUAAAUACGGAAGGGGGAGUAGACACUCAUCCCAGCAGCCACUAGACGACGUUUGUAGAGAUCUCCACUGCGAAAGAGAGAGAUAUACUUGGACUUCCCAUCCAGCUUUGGAAGGCACGUUGUGUGGAAAAAAUAUGUGGUGUAGAGGAGGUAGAUGUAUUUCUAAAGGAUUGAUUUUAAGUGCCGCAUAUACCGCGGCACAGCAAUCUUCAAGUCGAGAUGAAAAAAUAAAUGGGGGUUGGAGUAAGUGGAGGCCAUUUAGUGACUGUGCCUCCGGCUGUUUGUUUGGCGAAGAAGGAAGACUAAGAAGUGGAAGUACUGGAAUCAUGAUGUCAGAACGUAUUUGCAAUAACCCAAGACCUCAGGGUGGAUUGGACUGUGACGGACCGGAUAGAAAGUUCCAGGCAUGUAAUGCCCAGCAAUGUUUAAAUGUUCCAAGAUUGAGUAUACGUGAAUUUGCUGAACAAAUAUGCAGUCGUGCUAGAGAUGUGGAUAAAGACUUGACAGGAUCGGGGAUGCAAAAAAUAAGCUCGGACCCGGAGGAAGCGUGUGUGGUGUGGUGUCAGAAACUGAACGGUGGCACGAAAUCGCGUGGUUGGACAUUUCCCGACGGUACGGCGUGUCAGACACGUAGAAACCGCUACGGUCGCGCUAGUUAUUGCAUCAAUGGUCGUUGCGAGGAGUUCGUUUGUGAUCCUUACGAUGAGGCUCCCUAUGCUCAAAAUCCGGACUUGUGUCCUGUGGAUAGGGAUGACAAUGAGGUCAUCCGAAGAACAGGUCUUCGGCGAAGAGAGAGUCCGAUACGAUGGAAGAGUGCCAGUGGAUGUCACUACAAUUGUAUUGCCCCGGGAAGUGGUAUAAGGUUGGUGAUGGCUAAAGGAAAGUUCAGUAGAAGCAGCAUCCAAUUGUGUCAACCUGACCAAUAUGGUUGUGGUAGAGUCAAGACUCCUUUUCAGCACGCCUCGAUGGUCUGUAAUAAAUACAAAGACAGAGUUCGCAGAUUAUCUGGUUUAGGAAUGCAAAUAUCUCCAGCAAUAGAGGAUCCUGAUAGACCUUGCAGAGUGGCAUGUCAAGACGAGAACAUAUCACACAGAUUUUAUUUGGUGAAUGGAGAAGAAGGUUGGUUUCCUUUCGGAACUGAUUGCACCAGAGGAACUUCCGACAAGAAAGCAUAUUGUAUCAGUGGUAAAUGCCUUGAAUUCGGCACAGAUGAUACACCCGUGUCAGAGAGCGAAUUCACACUCCCACUUUUGUCCAGAUCCAAAAGAUCUCUUCACAAAAACUCGACAAGGAUCACAGCUACUUUAAAUCAAGAACAGUUAGAUGAAAUUAUAGAUGGGCUCAACCGUACUAUUUCAGGUAAUGCACGUACCAAUGGGAAGUACUUUGACAUUGAUUUAACAAACCCAAUUCAUAUAAACAUGGAAAUGGAUCCCGAGCAGUAUUCUGAAAAGUAUUUUAGGUCUAAUAAUGAAUAUGAUUAUAUAAAUUACGCAUAAGAAACUUGUGAUAAUAGAAUUGUAAUGGGACGGUACAAAAACGUAUAAACUUCCUGAUUAUUCUAAUAAAUAUGUGAUCAAUAAAUCAUAAUAUC